AAAGAUGCCGUGUGGUUCAGAUUUGGGGAAAAAGAAGCUAGAUUCGGGUUACAAGAGUUUUCUCUUGUAACUGGAUUUAAGAUUGCAACGGAUGAUGAAAAUGCGUACGAGGUCCCCAAUAAUAACAGUUCGCUUUUGCAACUGUUCAAGAAGAAGAAGGGGAAGAUCAAACGCAGUGACUUACUCGAGAAAUUUCUUACGCUGAAAAAAAAGGAAGACGCGGAGACAAAGUACAAAUUGGGACUCGUGAUUGUCUUGGAGCAUGUUGUUUUAUCUUCAGAGUUGGAGACUCUAGUAGAUGAAAGAUGGUUUAACUUAGUUGAAGAUUUAGAAAAAUUCAACAGUUAUCCUUCGGGCAACUUGUCGUAUCAGCAGACUGUAAAGUUGUUCAAGCGGACCUCUUUCGGGAAGGGAAAAAAUCCAGAGUCCAUAAACUAUUCUUUGCAUGGAUUUCCCCUGGCUAUUAUGAUUUGGGCAUUUGAGGCGCUACCCGACUUAGGAAGAGAAUUUGCCCAAUUAAAUACUGGUGUCCAACUUCCAAGAAUGUACUGUUGGAAAAUGGAGAAACAGUUGCGAGCGCUUACUACUUUUUUCGAGAGGGCGGAGAUUCAAGUUCGACGAACAUUGGAACCCUCUUCAUAUGAAUGUGAGUCUUCGUAUUUCAACGAAUUGGGUAUAAUUGUCGAGGAAGAAGAUAGUGGCCGUCAUGAUGAGGAUGAAGAAGGCACUGCUACCAAAGAUGAGGGAGAAGGCAGUGCAUCUUCUAAAGGUGAUGAUGAUGAUGAUGAUGUGGAUGAUGAGGAAGAAGAAGAAGAA